CUCAUAAAGAGGCUCAUUGCAUAUCCAGUCAGCUACAGUCGACUCCCCCCCAUCUUCCAUUGUCUCUGCUCCAUCCCUAAGGAAUUCGGCUCGAACAUGGCUGCCUCGUCCUCGCUAUUGCACAGCCUCAAGAAGAGUAGGCGCAAGCUGCUCAUCCUCCUCGUCUCUUUUCUUCUCCUCCUUGCCCUCAUCGCCACUGUCACCACCCUAUCCUCCCGCCGUUCCUCCUCCGUUUCCACCUCUCAUGUCAUCCUUCACACAUCCUGCGGUGCCACCCGCUACCCCUCCCUCUGCCUCUCGGCCAUCUCGUCCUCCCCCUCGCUCCUCAGCUCCAUCUCUUCUCACAGAGACGUAAUCCUUGCCUCCCUCAACCUCACCGCCUCCGCCGUCCACCGCUCCGUCCUCCAUGUCCACAGCCUCUCCUCCGCCUAUGCCAACCUCACGGACCGGGAGCGCACCGCCCUGGCUGACUGCCUCGACAUGUUCCACGUGUCCCUUGACGAGCUCCGCCGCACCGCUAACGACCUCCGGGUCCUCCCCGUUGCCGCGAAGGACCACGCCCGCCCCCUCCCCGCCGACCCCGAGAUCCUCGUCUCUGCCGCCAUGACCAACCAGGAAUCCUGCCUCGAUGGCUUCUCCCACGACCAACUCGACCGCCGCCUCCGCGGCAGCCUCAUCGCUGAACUCACCCACGUGAUGCACAUGUGCAGCAACGCGCUGGGCAUGAUCAAGGGCCUCCCCGGCAGGGGAGGCGUCCAGCGGAGGAAAACGACCGGAUUCGGGGUGGACAAGGAGGGAUGGCCGAAGUGGAUGGGGGAGGAGGACAGGCGGCGAAUGGCAGCAGAGGAGGUGGCGGCGGACGCGGUUGUUGCGGCGGACGGGACCGGAGACUACAGCACGGUGGGGGAGGCUGUGGCGGCGGCGCCAUCGAAGAGCAAGAAGCGGUACGUGAUCAGAAUAAAAGCCGGGACGUACGCCGAGAACGUGGAGGUGCCCAAGAAGAAGACCAACAUCAUGUUCGUCGGCGACGGGAGGGAGACGACGGUGAUCACCGGCAGCCGCAACGUCGUCGACGGCAGCACCACCUUCAGGUCCGCCACCUUAGCUGUGGUGGGGGAAGGCUUCUUGGCGCGAGGGCUACGGAUCGAGAACACGGCCGGCCCGUCGAAGCACCAGGCGGUGGCUCUCCGCGUCGGCGCCGACCUCUCCGCCUUCUACGACUGCGACAUCCUCGGAUACCAGGACACGCUCUACCUCCACUCCCUCCGCCAGUUCUUCCGCGGCUGCCUCAUUCAGGGUACCGUCGACUUCAUCUUCGGCAACGCCGCCGCUGUGCUCCAGGACUGUGACAUCCAGGUCCGCCGCCCCAACCCCAACCAGAAGAACAUGGUGACCGCCUCGGGGCGCGACGACCCCAACGAGCCCACCGGGAUAGUCAUCCACCGGUCCCGCAUCACGGCGGCGCCCGACCUCGCGCCCGUGCAGGGGUCGUUCCGGACCUACCUCGGCCGGCCGUGGAAGGAGUACGCGAGGACGGUGAUAAUGGAGUCGGAGAUCAGCGACGUGAUCGAGCCGGAAGGGUGGCACGAGUGGAGCGGGACGUUCGCGCUCGACACCUUGUACUACGGCGAGUACCGGAACACGGGGGCUGGCGCCGGGACCGGCAGCCGGGUGCAGUGGAAGGGGUACAAGGUGAUCACAAGUGCAGCCGAGGCGGCGGAGUUCACGCCCGGGAGCUUCAUCGCGGGGUCGAGCUGGCUGGAGGCGACUGGGUUCCCCUACUCCCUCGGUCUCUCAUCAUGAUCGAGAUCGAUCCUUGAUGAACGGUGGGAUUGCUUCGAGACAGAGCAUGCAGCUUUUCUUCAUCAGCUAAUUGUGUCCGAUGAGGAUCUCUUCUUUGCUGCAAAAAUAUGAGUUGCAAUUUCCUCCUUUAAGUGUUACUUCCGCUAGUGUUGUUUAAGCACAUUAACCUUAUUUAUCAAGUUCUUAGUGACCAAUAUAUAAGUAGAAUUUGAGCA